AUGGCCACCGCGAUGGAGUCUCCCGUACCGUUUCCGGAGUCGCCCAUGGAUCCGGAUGACAUUCCCUUCCCUUGUAAAGGGUGUGGACAGAUUCUGGAAGAAGGCAAAGCCUUCGAACUAGCUGGUAACAGAUGGCAUAUCGACUGUUUCCGCUGCAACACCUGCGGUACUGCCUUAGAUUCCGACGCGAACCUCCUCCUACUGGGUGACGGCUCGCUAAUCUGCAACAAUUGCACGUACAGCUGCAGUAGCUGCGGCAGCAAGAUCGAGGAUCUCGCAAUCCUCACAGGCGAUCAGGCGUUUUGUGCCAACUGUUUCAAAUGUCGGAAUUGCAAGAGAAAGAUCGAAAACCUGAGAUACGCGCGCACAUCUCAAGGGAUCUUUUGUAUGGACUGCCACGAAGCACUGAUGGCCCGAAGGCGCAAGAGAACCGCCAAAAAUACCACUCAGCGCUCCAAGCUCUCCGCACACAACAGUGCCCAACUGGAUAAAUCCUUGCCUGCGAUCCCGCCUCCAGAAGCCAGAAAAACGGCCUACCUGCCCGAAAGCCACUCGCCGUACCCAGAGGGUUAUGUGGAAGUGCCAGCUGAUGUACCUUCUGUGGCAAAGACCAUCAGCGAGUUGCAGCGAGAUGUUGAUUCAAGACCUUCAUCUUCGGAACAAAACCCUCCCCGUGGUAAGCAACCGGUCUGCGGACGUGGUCGGCGCCCGAAUACUGACCACAAUUUGUUUCUAGAUAUGCUCACGCUCCCCUCGACGACAUUCCGGAACAACAGGCAUUCGAUGAUGUCGCAGCGCUCCGAUCUAUCUGGAGGCGGUGAGGAAUUCUUGAUCCCACUCGCUUUUGACCCUACACCUCAGCCUUCCACUCAGUCCCCCAGCGUCUCAAGCCAAGCGACCCCACGUCAAGUCGAAGAAAAACCCAAAGACUACUUCUCAAGCAGGCCAACUCCCCCCUUGGCACAGCUGGGGUCCUCCAAAUCCAGCACAUCAAGUCCUCACAUUGCGUACCAGGAGAAGGGGCGGCAACCCUCUCGAGACAUGGUCGAGCGGAGCCGAUCUGGAGGCACCGCGAGUCGAACUAGCUCUGUCAACGCAUCCCCAUACGUGCCUGUCGAGCGUUCUUCAAAGCCGGAAGAGUCGCCCCGCUUGUCCCAGGUUGCCCAAACAAGCGAUGCAUCCUCGGGCGAAAAGUUCCGAUUGCAAGACGCGCCUAGACCAAAACGGCGGACUGUGUCUACCUCCAACUCCCGGUCAGAAGCUUCAACUCCUCGGACGGACACCCCUGGAGACUCCGUGGAUCAGGCUGCCAAUACAAAGACACACGUGUCAGACGUAGGCUCACCGUCAGAUCGAGGCUAUUCAACGCCCCGCCUUUCCAGGGACUCGAGUCCUCACAGCGGCACCGGCGGCUCGCCUCAGCCUGCGCAGCUACCGGCGACAUCGCUUCUGCAGACUCUGCCAAAGCGCGGCGAUUCUUUGGAAAGCACAAAACGAGCGCAAACAAUACCAAGGAAAGACCUGAACUCUUCAGCAAACAUCCCAUCUAGUUUCAGCAGCGCCGUCAAUGGCACAACCUCAGGAUCGACGCCAUCAGGCCUAUCUACCGAUCUCGCCAGAGCAAACGGCGGAAAGAUCAUAUCUGGGCCUAUUGGGUCUCCCAGCUCCAGAAGCAUUUUCGACACCGCCGACGAUUCCCUGAACCAGAUAGACCUCCCAAGUGCCGGCAAGGCAGGUAACGAAUCCUUCGUCGACCCCCGCGCGCCACCCCUACCUCCCGCUGAUCAUUCAAGAUCAAGAAAUGAAUCGUUCAGCACGAUGCAUUCGGAGAAUCAGCGAUAUCUCGAAGGGCAGAAAGCUUUGGGGCUUCCCAGAUACUCCACUGGCGGUGAGUUUACUAUGGAUGAGGAUAUGGCUCGAAUAAUGGGCGGUGACGAAUUAAACGCGCACGAAUCUUUCCUCAAACGAGUCUCAAAUUCUGUCCGCCAUGGUCGCAGUUACAGCGACAAGACUGGGCGACUGUCACGGGAUCGUUGGCCACGAUCUCCAGCAGUGGCGACCGCGUCGAUUGGUCAAGAAAUCAGCAGUCCAAGUAGUGUAUCACCGGAGAACCGCGACGAGCUUGCCUGGUUCAAGAAUGAGCUACGACGCGAGCGGCAAAAGACCAUUGAGCGAGAGAAGAGAAUCACGGAGCUAGAAGCACAAUUGGAUUCGGCCGCCGACAUCAAGCAAGUCAAUUCGGAACUCAAGGAGAAAAGAUCGACCAUUAUCGUACUUGACACGCAAAAGGCGAUUGUGGUCCGCGAGCUGGAGGUAUUGACUGAACAUUUGACUGUCGCCAAACGUAGCGGGGAGCCAUUUGAUGUCUCCAAGAUGAGGAGUACCGUCCUGCGCGAGUUCGCCGAGUCACUGGAAAAAUUAAAGAACUCAUUCGCGCCUCAGAUCGAAGAAUCGAUCCAGAGGCGGAACGACUUGGUUGACGAAAUCGCAAACCUGACUCAAAUGAAGGAUAAGAGUUUCAUGGAAUUUGAGCAGCUCUCUUCCAAGAACGCACAACUGGCCGAGCUCAACAAUCAACUGGUGCACCAGAUUCAAGGGUUAUACAAGGCCAAUUCAGGGGUCCAAGCUGAAACCCCCAAAGCGGCCGUCAAUGGACUUGGAAUCUAUUCCCAUCACAAGGAGAAAUCGAAUGUGUCGUUUGAUUCGAGAGAGGUGCGCAACAUGUCAACUGACUUGACUAACAUUGAAUCGGCAACCACCCUCCAGGCAAGCGAGGCCGAGCCGGUUACUGUGCUCCAAGGGCCCCAGAUGGUGAACAUUCGCAAGGGCCAACCCAAGAAAUUUGACUGGAGACGAGGUCAAAAGGUCGCCAAGGGAGUCACAAAGGGCUUGAAGGGCGCGUUCUCCUCGACCCAGCAAACAUAUAGUCGGGAUCUCCAGUUUGCCGAAACAGGAGCAUACGGGUCUGCGCCCGUGGGUCAGGAGUACUCGACCAUGUCCAAGUCGAAUCCGGAGCCCGUGAAGCAAAGCGGAUUUGGGUUCUUCGGCAACCAGAAACCUACGACCAAGCCCAACGGCCUUUACGCAACCCAAGCCAACACAAGCACUCCUUCUUUACUGGUCGAUGCAGCUACACAAUUGUAUGGGUCUGAUCUUGAACAACGGGCCGAGUUCGAGAAAACUUCUGUGCCGGCGAUCGUGAGGCGAUGCGUCGAGGAAGUGGAGGCGCGAGGCAUGGACGUGGAAGGCAUCUACCGCAAAUCAGGUGGCAACUCACAAGUCCUGCAAGUCAAGGAGUGGUUCGAAAACCCUUCCAAAGAUUUCGACAUAUCCGACCCUGACCUCGAUAUUCACGCCGUCACUUCCGGAUUGAAACAGUAUUUCAGACGGCUACCGGUGCCCCUCAUCACGUACGACGUCUACGACAAACUUCUUGAUACGACCACCAUUGCGGAAAGAGAAGAGAGAAUCGAUGCUAUGGAACGAGCACUGGAGGACCUGCCUCGAGUCCACUUCGAGACGCUGGCUUAUCUCAUGCAACACUUGGCACGUGUCGUCCAGCAGGAGAAGGUCAAUCUCAUGACCAGUAUGAAUAUCGCCGUCGUCUUCGCACCCACCAUCAUGAGAUCCGAGAACAUCAACCGCGAGUUGAGUGACACGAAGACGAAAAACGAGACCGUCAUGUGGAUGGUGGAGAACAGUGAAAGAAUCUUUGGGACGUGA